AUGGCCCCGCCUUCCCCACAGCUCAUCCAACAGCUCGAUGACUUACAUCAACUCAUCCUCGCUAUCCCAUCCUGGACCCAAGCAGAAAUAAACCACAACAAAGUGCAGCUGCUCAAGCUCUCGAAAGACGUCGCGACAACCGCUCUCAAAGAAGGCUACAGAGAACCGGACUGGCUUGGGGCGUCUUUAGAUGUUUGGUUUCGAAACCGGGCUAGACAGUAUCUCAAGAAUCCACAGUCCCUUCCACUAGAACUUUUUCAGUCCAAGGGUUUCCAAGAAACCCCGCCCCUUCUCGUCAAAUAUCCCCCACCCAGGUCCAUAGCGAAAGGGAAAGGUAGAGCGGUCGAUCUCCCGCCAAAGAAGAAGCCACAUAAGCCAGCGCAGAAGACGUCGCAACUCGAGGAUGACGAAUCUGACGAUCUUCAAGACCAUCGCCCGCUCAAAAGGCCACGAGCAACGGAUACAUCAGCGGAACCUACAAGUUCCAAGCCUUCGAAACCCUUACCUCCCAAAAAUCAGCAACCUCCGCCUCAGACUUCCAACCCCCAACGUUUUACUUUUGGUGGCAGCGUCUAUCAGGAUGAUGAAACUCAAGGAGCGCCCCGACCGAGUGUUUUCUCUACUUCACAGUUCGGCCACCAGGGUACGCGUGGUGUCUUCCCGCAUCGUCCCCACCCUACAGUAGUCCCUCCGACCCAGCCCAGUCCAGAGUCUAUCACCAAACUCGUCGACGAACAACGACGCCAUGCUUCCCAACUCAACGAGCUCUCCUCCGACACGACCAAACUCAUUGACGAACAACGACGCCAUGCAUCCCAACUCAACGAGCUCUCCUCCGACGCGACCACUCUUAUUCGAUAUCAUAAAGAGUACGAUCAAAUCCGGGAACAGCAGGUCGACCUUCAAAAGCGCGUUUCAGAGCUUGAGGAGAAAUGCAGCCAGCUCGAGUCGCGAAUCCAACAGGGUACCACUGCGAAACCCGAGCUUGACACUCAAGGCGACACUCAAGGCGGUUUGACAAAAGCUAGUCACGAAGGUGAGCUCAAAUGGGCACGAGACAACAUAAACCUUCUGCUAGCCGCUGUGGCAGGACUUGCCGGAGGGCAGGUGUUACUCCAGCCAGCCCUCCAGGCCCUCAUGGCGCACCAACCGCCCUCUCAGACAGCCCCAGCCGCCCAGUCUACUCCCCUCCUUAACCAAAAUCUCCAAGUCUCUCUCCCAACCCGUCAAAACUGUACGGCGCAACAACCGUCGCCUCAGUCAAACCCCGGGCCCCAGCCAAUCCCCCCUGCUCAGUCUGAUGUCUUAACUAACCAAAUCGCUCAGGCAUCCACCCUAGCUCUCCGAAAUCCUCACCCUCAUAAUGCUGGGAGCUCGACACCUCUCACCAUCAACCCGGCGCAACUCGAACCUCACCUCGGGCGAGACCACUUCCCUCCAAAUCAGCCCAAUGUUUCCAAUUUCCCCCGGCAACAGCCUCAUCUCUCCGAUAAUUCCUUUCACCUCUCCCACUAUCUCUCCCUCACCCCCGAGAAUCCGACGGACUGGAACCCCCAAGACGGCUACCCCCAUCAAAAUUACAGACUCCCGCCACCUCCAUUGGAUGACAAUUCUAGUACUCCUGCCAGCGACAUGUAG